CAGUGUCUCCCAAAGGUUUUCCUGGCCAUGGGAUGGCAAUGGCUUUCUCACUGCUUUCUCCAAACCUCAUGGUUUCCCUGUAGAAAAGCACAGCGUAGCUCUUAUUCAUUCUGGUGUGGCUUACUCACUCCUCACAAGUCAAAUAUAGUUUAUUCAAAACCUUGACACACCCCUACUCACACACGUCAACACACCUACACACACUCACACGGCACCGGCACUAGCAGAAAGGAAACAGCCAAGUGACAAUGGACUUCCCUGGACAAGACAGAGCUUGGAUGCCGAUGGGCAACAAUCAGGCAGUCCCAUUGUCUAAACUCCUUUGUGCGGCCUAUUGGCCUCGUCCAGCCUCAGUUGGAGGCAACGUGCCUGUCGUAGCUCCUCAUGGAAUGCCGCACGGCUUCAUGCUUUCCCUCCAAAAUGCUCUCCAUGAUGCAAUGAAUGCUGCUCACAUUGAAGGAGACGGGGCGGUCGAUGCCGCUGACAUGCUUCUUGAGCCUGCUGGCACCGCAAAUGAGAGGACUCCUGUUUCUCCUUUGGACGUCUCUGAUAGUGGUGACCAGACUGUUGCCCAGCUCAAGAGCACUGGAGGUUCAGCCAAGAUGUAACCACCCUCCUCGCUUGGUGGAAGCACCAUGUCCAGCCCAAGCGCAAUGGUCUGGCUGCCUGGGAGGAAUUUGAUUGAAGAGAAGCUUGGUGUUUUGGGGUCCACCAACAUCCAUGAAGUAGAAGAGUACUAGGAAGACGUGAAUGAUGGACCCCACUAGACCCAUACGUAGAAACUAUACAUUUUAAAAGUAAUACCAUCAAGUACUUU